AUCUUCGGAUGUCUGAUGAUCUGGGCAGCAGUACAGUCGACUGCAGUCGCCAACCAGGUGUCGGCGGUUGGCGGACCAAGCACAGCCUGGAUUUGGGUGUUUGCCAUCGGCAUCUUCGGCAUCUCCUGCUUGGGAAUCUUUGCUGCCUGCUCUGAGAAAGGCAUCGCCCUCAAAAUAUUUGCAGGUUUCAUGGUGGCUGGAAUGAUCAUCAUGCUAAUCUUAGGCAUCAUUGUCGUCGUCUUCAGGAACAAGGUCAAAGAUGCCUUUACCAACACCCUGUCGGACUCGAUAGUUCCCUACAUGAAGGAUGAGGAGUUCAGAUCAUUUCUUGAAGGGAUGCAGGAAUCUACCCAGUGCUGUGGAGUGGUGAGCACCAAUGACUGGGGUAAUGAGAUCCCUCAGUCCUGUAAGUGCUCUUCUCGACAAUCAGUAUAUGGAUCACCUGCAUGUAAAGCCAGACCUCAGGGAGCCACUGGCCCAGAUCAAGUCUUUAAACAGACCUGCGGUGAAGUGCUCUUUGGGUUCUUAAACAUCUUCUUCCAGAUCUCCAUGGCUUUUUUCUUUGGAUUUGCUGUCACUGCACUGCUGGGCCUGUUGGUCUCCCUCCUGAUGAUCCAUCAGGUCAACCGUCACGACAGCGCAGGAGGAUCGUCCAUUGCCAUGAAGGGCUACUGAAAGGAACCCUCCACCCCCUGACCCCUGACCUUUAACCUCUGCAUUGUAACAGGAGGACUCAGUGGUCAACAGGACCUCUUCUUCUUCUUUCCUUUCUUUUUUUUUACGAUAUUUGUGCCUUUUAAGAGAGCGACAGGGAAAGCAGGAAACAGAGGGACGAUGCUGCAAGAAUGUUUUAUUUGGAGGCAAAAGUCUUCCAUCUUUUUAUUGUAGAAAAUAUAUGCAAACAUUUAUUUUUUUGUGAAUCAUUAUAUCUCCUUUGUGUUAUUUGGCGGUAUGCAUGUAUAGUAGUCUUAUGUAACAGACAUAUUGUACAAAUGAAGCUGUCUCUAAGCGCAGCCUUCACCACAUCCAGCUACAGCUCUAUUAACCCGGGGAGGACUGAGAUCAGAGUUAUUACCGGUGAUUUAAAAUCCAACAGUAUAAGAGAACCCACUUCUUUUCCAUCCAAAGUUCCGAUACGAUUCAGGGACGAUGCUUUUUAAUGAACAAUUCGAUGCAAUCUGAUACAGUUCUUAACAUUUGUUUACCAUUGAAUCUAUAAAAGUCACAUUGUUCACCUUCAAAUACAUAUAUUUCAUAAAAUACCAGGGAAUCUGAAGUAUUUUUUUUUUUCAUGGCAUCCCUUACCAAAAAACCCCCCACAUGUGACCACAUGUACACGUAAUUUUGCACAUUUGGUGUAAUGUGUAAAACCAGCAUCUUUCCUACAUUUUAUUGUGUUGUAAAGUUUGGAUAUUCAUAGGUUUUUUUUCUGUAAGGGAUGGGGAAAAAAAUGGAAGUUAGAUUACAUGUCAUUUUGUUUCCGCGUAGUGAUGUAGUCACAUCUAUAACGUUAAAACUAAUUUCCAACUUACAUCGCUAAAUCUAUACACCCCUAUCAUCCAUGCGUUUGGGCCUCAUAUAAAUUGAUUCUUUCAGUUUUAUGUGUGUCACACACGGGUCCAGGACUUGUUUAGCCUAGCUUUAAUUGCUAUUGUGUUGUUGUAAUGUUACUAUUCCUUUAAUUCAAUGAGAAUAUGCACUGACAAUAAGUUUUUCGUGGAUUGGGAAAUAAAAGCCCCAGAUUUGACUGCUCUUAGUAUUUCUGGGUGAUGAACACUGAAUGAAGUAUUCAUGAAGAUUCAUUCUAAUCUAGGUAUCAUUUCUGAAGGAAUUAGCAUCAUAAAAAUUAGGAAGAAGACCAUUUCAGAACCUCCUCGGGUUAAAAUGAGUCAGAACACUUGAGCUGUCUCUUGCCGGUGUGUGCUUGUUAAAGAAAAUUUACAACAACAAACUAGCAUAUUUCCUAAAGAUAUGUGCAUGUAUUAUGUAAAGCACUUCAGUCUCAACAGAACAAUUCUGGGUGCAUAAAGAAUUGCCUAACUUGACAUUUUCAAAAUCAGUAAAACAGAGCAGGUAACAUUUGGGGAAAGUUCGGAAAUCCCAGCAACACUUGCAGCACUGAGAACAAAAAAGGCAUUGUCUCAUCCGUAUUUGGAUUCAUGCUGAAGCCAAUAAAAGAUCACACAACCCACAGGGUGAAGCAAACCAAAUAGCAGCUCAGGGUUACAAGUGUACAGAUCUCCUACAGACCAUGAACACCUCACCAUUAAAUAAAGAGUGACAAAAAUUUAAAUACAAAUACUGUAACAGGAACUGUUUUAAUGUCAAAUCUGUGCUCAUAUAAUUUCAGAUUAAACUCUUGACUGAAA